UUGCUUCAGUCCAGUGGCUAACGAUGUGUCGUGUGUCGUGAUAAAUCCCUCCGGCGUGUAUAAACACACUAUUUUCCAAGUAAUAAACAAUUAAAUUCCCCCUUAAAUGAUCCCUGAAAUGUUCUGUGCAUCGAGGUGGAUUGAUUCGAUCAAUGUACGUUCCUGAGCACAAAAAUAACAGGUCAGAAUUGCUCAAGUUCUGAGGAUAUUGCACUCAGGACAGGAGAGAGAAAAGCUGAUAUUACCCAGUUAUUGUAAAGUCAGAGUGAAAAAAUAAUAAAGAACUUUGGUAAAUAGGGGAGAAGUAAAGUGAUUGAGUAAUAAUGGCAGAGGAGGGUGUGGAGGUGAAGCAAGUGGGUCCCUCAUCACCUAGAAGUCCACAAGUGCAAAAACCACCUAGUCCUAGAUCACCCAGGCACAGCAGGAGAAUAAAAUUAACUGAUCAGCAGUUGGAGACAACAGCUAAAGAGGAAUUGGCAGCCAAGUGGCGUGAACAGGACUUGUAUAUCGAGUGUCUUGAGGCACAAUCGGCAGCCCAGGAAGGGGAGUUGGCGAGUUUGAGAGAGUCCGAGGAGAAAUAUCGACAGCAGUAUGGAGAGGCGUCACACAGGGAGAAAAUACUCGUCAGAAGACUGGCUUCCAAGGAGCAGGAGUUACAGGAAUAUGUGAAUCAAAUAGCGACAAUGAAAGCCGCUCAAUCGCCGUCCGCCUCAUCUCUACGAUCGACGUUAUUGGAUCCAGCUGUCAAUAUAUUAAUUCAAAGAUUGCGACAGGAGUUAAUAACGACGAAAGCCAAGCUAGAAGACACACAGAAUGAAUUGAGCGCUUGGAAAUUCACCCCUGACAGCAAUACCGGAAAGAGACUGAUGGCUAAAUGCAGGCUUCUCUAUCAAGAGAAUGAGGAGCUUGGCAGGAUGAUAGCUAGUGGAAGAAUAGCGAAAUUGGAGGGAGAGCUGGCACUGCAGAAGAGUUUCAGUGAGGAAGUGAAAAAAUCUCAAUCUGAGCUCGAUGAAUUCCUUCAGGAUCUCGAUGAGGACGUGGAGGGAAUGCAGAGUACAAUAUAUUUUCUGCAACAAGAAUUACGAAAAGCUCGUGAGUCUGUGACUCUGUUGCAACAGGAAAAUGCCUCCCUUAAAUCAACGAGUGAUCAGAAUCUAUCGAAUGGUCUUUCCCCCCACACUCCACCCCUCAAAAAGGAGGAGGAUAACGACGAAGUUAAAAGUGAAAUGAAUGAUAUAAAAUUGGAUAAUGAGAGUGGUGAUGGGUGUAAAAUUGGUGCAAGAACUCCACCGUUGGUCGAUGAUACGUCGACAAUUGAUAAAUUACCAACAAAUAUUGAUAACAAUGAUGAUAGUUCGAGUGAUUCGGCAGCAUUAAUUAUCAAAGUUGAUAAUGAAGAUUUGACAGAUCGUGAGUAUGAUGAUGAUGAUGAUAAAACCAAAAAGAAAGCGUUUAGGACUAAAUGUGGUAAUGCCAAUGGUGAUGAGAUUAAAAUACGGUGUAGAGACAGAACUAAGAGGGAUAAUCGUGACGAGAGUGAUGAUGAUAGAGUUCAAAUUAAGAAGAAAAAAAAAUGUGACAAUUCGAUGGAGUUUAAUGAUGCCGAUGAUGAUGCCAUUGUUAUUACUAAUGGUGAAACCUUGCCGAGUGAUCCUGAAUGAAUUUUUCUAUUUAUCAUUAACAGAACUUGAAUUUUUUUUUACAUAAUAAAGAAAUAAUUAACAAUUUCGUAAGGAAAUCAUUGACUUUUCGUGAAAUAUGAGUUUGAAGUUUGAUGAUGAUCAUCGUGUAAAUUUAUAAAUAAAUAAUUGAUAUUGAAUAUUGAUUGAACUACUUGUGUAUGUACGAAAAAAAAAAUUUAUAGAUAUAUAUUAUUAUAUAAAUACCAGAGAAAUGAACAAAAUAAAUAAGAAGUAUUGCGAAUUUAAUUCUAAGGAAUUUUCUAAAUUCAAAGUUUCUCAAGUGAAGGAGGAAACGUACUAGUUCUUUUCGAAAUUUCUACCCUUCCGUUGUGUAUUAUUUUUUAUGGAACAAGUGUACAAAUCGCGGAAAAUAAAAGAAUUACAUAAUUUUGACAGAUUAUUUGAACAAAAUGUGUAAUUAUAAAAGAAUAAAGAAAACCAGCAAUUAUUGUUUUAUA